AUGGCCUCGGACGCUGCGUUGCCAUAUUUGCAAGCUAUCGUCUUUCUGAUUACAGUGGCUAUUCUUGCAUUUUCCCUAUCAUUGCGUCGUCGAAAGCGCAAUCUCCCACCAGGGCCGGCAGGAUGGCCUCUGAUUGGAUGUCUUUUGCAAUGUGGCUCGCAAGUUCCGUUGAAGUUUCACGAAUGGUCGAGAAAAUAUGGCAACGUAAUGAGCCUGCAACUCGGAUCGCAGUUGGUAAUCGUGCUCAGCAGCUAUGACGUCAUCAAGGAAGCAUUCGUGAAGAAUUCGAAUAUAUUUUCUAGCAGGCCGAAGUCUUAUGCAGUCGCACGCGUUACUAAAGAAAAGGGUAUUAACACACCGUGGGUAAAAUGGAAACACACUCACAAAUUUAUCAGCAAGACCUUUCGGGAAUUCGGCUUAGGAAAACAAAUAAUGGCGGAACGAGUCAGAACAGAAGGGGAUAUUUUAGUCGAGUAUAUCGACAGCAGAAGCAACACACCAAUAAACCUCAAACACGUGUUUGCAAACGCAGUAUCCAACAUCACCUGUUCGAUGCUAUUUGGGAAACGAUUCGAUUAUGAAGACCCUGAUUUCAAACUUUUGCUGCAAAUGUCCAACCAGAAUGUCGUGACGAUGAUGCAAGCGAGUGUUCUCACGUUCUUCCCAUUUCUGUGGUACCUGCCGACCCAAGUUAAACGAAACUUUAUUACUGCUCAAUCGGAACUGGUUUCGUAUAUGAAACAGAAAAUUAUCGAACGUCGCGAACAAUUCACAGGAGAAGAACCGGAAAAUAUUAUCGAUGCAUUUUUUCUCGAAGAUAAGGAGGCUGAAUGGGAUGAUGAUAAGAUAAUAGAAUUAGUACACACGGUAAAAGGGAUCUUCAUUGCCGGGACAGACAGCACUGCCGCUACCCUACUGUGGGCCAUCCUCUACCUCGUCCUCCACCAAGAGAUUCAAGAUCGAUGCUACUCUGAGAUCGUCAAGGCCAUUGGUUAUGAGAGGCAUCCUGAGAUAGCCGAUAGAGCAAGUCUUCCUUACGUGGAUGCUACGUGUUUGGAGGUAUUUCGCUGUUCUACAGUGGGACCGCUGGGUUUUCCUCGUUCCGCGAGCGAGGAUGCGAAUCUGUGUGGGUACCACAUCCCUAAAGACGCCAUCGUCAUGGCCAGCGUCUGGUCCGUGCACAUGGAUGAAAACCGUUGGUACAACCCACGCGAAUUCAAUCCCGGACGUUUUCUCGACGACGACGGUAAUGUCAUUAACAGGAAAUCUAUUAUACCAUUCGGGCUAGGUCCGCGUGAUUGCAGUGGUUCUGACCUCGCUCGCAUGCAGAUAUUUGUAUUCAUAACACGAUUAUUGCAACGAUUCAGAUUCAUUCUACCGCCAGACUCUCCCGUGCCCUCAAUGGACGGCACGUUUGGUAUGGCGCACUUGCCGGAUCAGUAUGAAGUGUUGGCGCUUCCGCGUCACUGA